GCGAAUAUGUAGGCGCACGCUACAAGUUUACCCACCCUCGUGUGAGUGAGUUAAUUACACGAUCGAAGUCGAUCGAGCAGUAUCCCGAAGCAGUUCGUCACUAGUCGUCCAAGUCGGUGCACUAGUCACACUAUUCGCAAGGAUGAAGGAAAUUCUGUGGACCUUCCUGUUGAUCACGGCGUCGCACGCAAGUCGCGUAGUCCGCGAGCACCGGUGCAUUUCGCCGGCCAGCGAGGACAUGUGCAUCCUGCAGGAGGUCUUCUACAACCGAUCCACCACGGACAACGUCUUCCCGCAGAACUACUCGCACGUCCACAUUGGAUCCGACACGACGCGGACCUUCCAGUCGCUGGUGCCCAUUCUGGACGGUCAGCUGUUCCGAGAGUUGGGCGAACCGCAGGCACUCGAGCUGACCUACGUGAAGUUGAAGACGCUGGAGAUUCCCCGGAAGCUGGUGCUGGGGAACUUUGUGGACAAUUCGCUGCGCGAGUUUUGGCUCGAGCCGGGAGAGAUGGCGCCUGCGUUGAGCUAUCUGGAUCUCAGCCGGAACGAGGUGUCCAACUUGACCAACAUCAGCAGCCUGGUGAAUCUCGAGUCGCUGUACAUGGUCGGCAACGAAAUCGAACACAUUGCACCGAACACGUUCGCCGGAUUGACCAAACUUAAAAUGCUCAAUCUGAACCACAACGAGCUCAAAAUGAUUCAUGGCGCAGAUCUCCCACCAAGUUUGAUCUGGAUUCGCCUGGCGGACAACAGCCUGGAAUCGCUCGACGCGGCUGAGCUGAAGCUUCCGCUGCUCGAAUACCUGGACAUUUCCAGCAACCACCUCACGACGCUCAACGGAGCCGAGCUGAUCAUGGACAAGCCAAACCUGCGCGAAGUCCUCUUCGGUGGCAAUCGGUUCGAUCUGGCCACGGUCAAGAAGGUGACGGAACUGUUCCAGCGGCACAACGUCUCGUACACCCUGCUGGACGACACCGAGGACAACGAGUUCAUGCACUGUGACUACCGGAGCAAGCUCGUCGACGGAAUGUGCGUCCGGCGGGACCAGAUUCCCAACGGUUGGCUCAAAUCGACCGGACUGAGCGUGCUGACCGUGCUGGUGGCGGCCCUGUUCGGGAUGGUCGUGCGCUGGGUGUUUCUCGCGAUGAGCAAGUGAUAACGGGUGGUGUUUAGACGGCGAUGGAGGCUAUUAGUUUAUCAAUUGUAAAUAAAAAUGAUCAAUGUUUUAGUUGUACGAUGUACUCAAAACUAACGGGGCGGUGAUUAGUUAUGGAAGUAAUGAGGAA